CAAUAAAAUAAAAUCCCCAAAACUUCAAAUCUGUUGACCGUUUUGUCCCUGCCGCUUUUUGGUUUUCUUUUCUUUUCUCCAAGCGCUCUUGCGCUUCUUCUUCUUUCUGUUCCAAAACCGUGAAGACCCAUUAAACCAAAAAAAGAAAAAAAAACUCUCUUUUUCUAUGCAAAGAAAGAAACCCAAGACAAAGAAAGUGAAUUUUUUUAAUUUUUAAGAAUCAAAGGAAAAGAAAGAAGAAGAAGAAAAAGAGAGAUUCUUGCAAUGGGUUGUUUUCUUGCAUGUUUUGGUUCUUCUAAAGAUCGUAAGACUCGAAAACAGAGACACAAGAUAAAUGCUACUUACAAUGCUCAAUCUACUGUUUCUUUGGAACGGAGCAACUUCGAAACGCCUAUAAGUCCGGUUAAGGAAGUUCGGGGUGACAAGGCAGAGGAGCAGCUGGGUUCGGGUUCAAGUCCUCAAAAGAAAGUAACAUUUGAUACUAAUAUUAAGACCUGCGAGCAUGUUUUGGUUGAUGAAAGUACUGAUCUUAAUUUGCUCAAUGAAAAAGAUGGGGAAAAAAAAGGGAAGGUGAAAGAAAAGAAUUUGGCUAAACCAAGGGAGUCAGAAGCCUCCUCUGAGCAGAGUUCGGUAACUUCUAGCUCAAGUUCUUUCCCUCCUAACCAUAGGUAUCAGAAUUGUAGAGAAAGUGAUAACGAAGACGAUGAAUUAGACUGUGAAGAAAGUGAUCUAGAUGAUGAUGAGGAUGAUGAUUAUGAGGAUUUUGAUGAUGGAGCUGUGGAAUCGAGGGAUAGAAUUCGUGGCCUUGUAGGAGUCACUGAGGAGAUUAAUGGUUUGGUUGAGGAGGAAGUGAAGCUGAUUGGUUUGAUUCGAGGUGUUCGUGAUGGGAAUGGUAAUGUUCAUCCUGUGCUGAAUCCUGUCGAAAAUAUGACUCAAUGGAAAGCUGUGAAAGCAAAAGGGGCAACACCAUUUAAGCUGCAAAAGGAGAAUCUCAGCUUAGAGCAUGAAGAGCCGCGGCUUUCGUUUAGCUCGGAACUUUCAUUCAGUUUCAAAUCAAAAUCUGAUCAUGAACCAAAGAAGUUGAACGAAGAAGUAUCAGUCGAUGCCAGCCUUUCGAAUUGGUUAUCUUCAACAGAAACUACACCAGUAAAAAAGAGUAGCACUUUCGAUGCUGGUACAAGUACAACAGAGAGAAGCAUGUCACAAGGAUCAAAUUCAUUGAGGAGCCCUGAAGAUAGACCUAUUUUAGGUGCAUUAACUCUUGAAGAGAUCAAGAAGUUUUCAGCAUCUUCUUCACCUAGGAAGUCUCCAAGUAGAAGUCCAGAUGAGAUGCCCAUAAUUGGAACCGUUGGGACCUAUUGGAGUCAUGUGAGCACCACUAAGGACUCUGACUCAGCUACUACGUUCAAAGGAAUACCAAACACUACCAGCAAGUACAGUACAGAGAGGAUAAGAAAGUGAAUUGGCAGACUACACCAUUUGAGACAAAGUUGGAGGGAGCUUUGAAUAGGGGUUCUGAAGCAUACUCCAAUCAAAAUGCAUGUUAGGCAAGCUCGUCUGUUUUGGAUUGUUGUUUCUGAGUGUCCAUAAUCUAUCUAUACACGUCUUUCCUUUCUUGUUUUUUUGA